AUGACAACCCCUGUACAAAUAUUACGUAUAGCAACAAAUCCUCGUCGAUUUUCCAAAGGUAAAAGCCGUGUCAGUAUAUUAUAUGAUUAUGUUUUUACGGGUAGUUAUUGGAACACUAAUCGAUCUAUUAUGAAUUUCAAUCCACAGAAGGCUUCAAAGUUUAAAGGAGCAGUAUAUGGUUAUGGAUGGAAUCAAACUAAUAAUACACUUCAGACAAUUUGGAAAGGAUUCGUUCCAUAUGAAAAAAUCGUUGAUAUUUAUCAUUCAACUAAAAUUGUAAUUGACGAUUCAAAUUUAGUUUCAGUCAAAUGGGGUUCAUUAAAUUCAAGAGUAUAUGAUGCACUUGCAUCUGGAAUACUUGUUUUAUCUAAUGAUAAGUAUGGUGCAUCUGAGAUUUUCAAUGCUACUUUACCGAUUUAUAAAGAUGGAAAUCACUUGACAAAAUUGCUUAAUUAUUAUUUAGAUCCAAAGAACAAACGCAUAUAUCACACAAAGCAGAAGUUUCUGCGCUCGAUAAUAUUGAAAAGCCAUACAUACGAUAUUCGAGCACAAGAGUUUUUUAGAUAUUUAAGAAAAUAUUUAAAAUGCAAUAAUACAGAUCUACCUGAUAGACUUUGUUUUCCAUUUUCACAUAUCUCAUUACCAAUAUGCAGAGUUCGAAAUCAAGAAAUAGAUCCUCCUGUAAAUCAAAUAUGUGUUAUAGUUCGUACUUUUUCAGGACAAAGAAAGCAGUUAAUUCCUAUGUUGACAUCACUAUUAGCAGGAAGUAAUUCUGUAAAGAUUUACAUCAUAGAUACUCAUCCAUUACGAACAUCUUUUCCCAUGUGGAUAGAUACAAUUAUAUCAGAUUUAAAUAAUAUUUAUCAAACAUGUCAAAUUUAUAAUCUUCACUAUCAUAUAAACAUUACAGCAAAACAUGGUUAUUAUGGUUAUGAUGGUACUGAUAUUGCAAUGGACUAUAUUUUAAAAAAUGAUAAUUGUGUCUAUAUUAUGUUUACCAAUGGUGAUAACUUAUAUAAUAUCAAUUUAUUUAGUAUCAUAAAUGAAGCCUCACUUCUUGGAAUCGAUAUAAUUGCGUGGGACUUCACAACUCAUCAUAUUCGGAAUGGAACAUUGAAUACACCAAUAAAAGUAAAAUUUCAUAGACAAAGCAUUGACUUAGGUUGUGUACUUUAUGCAUCUAAGUUAAUAAAAGAAUCUGGUCUAAAAUUUUUACCUAAAAAUGGAACAAGUGAUUUAUUUGCAAGUGACUGGUAUUUUGUGAAAAAUAUUUUAAAGAGCAAACAAGGAAUAACCACAAAGCUCUAUCACGAAGUUCUUCUAAUGCACCAAUAG